GUCGUUCUAUGACUGGGAUGGAAAGACUUUGGUGUACGAACACAAUUUCGUGGAAAACGGUAUUGGGUGCGAUGCCAAAACCAUUUCCGGACCCCAAGUGAGAGGCAUCGCUGCGAUUGGAGCCAAUUUGAUCGCCGUCGGCAUUCACACCGGGACCAUCCUUUUGUUCGAAAUCUCAUCGGACUCGACUCAACUCGUUUGCCGCAUUGUGGACUCCCAACGGCGUCAUAUCGAGCCCGUGUCUGAUGUGGCCUCAACCUCGAUGAUGUUACAUCACGCAGAGAAAUCCUCGCCGAGUGAAGUUCUCGUGUCCGGUGACGAAUUGGGUCGAUUGAACAUUUGGAAUUUGGGCUCUUCUGGUGAUGGAUUAGUCCAUCGAACAUCUAUUGAUCCAGAUGAGAAAACCGGACCUGUGACGGCCAUUUGCUUGUGGAAUAAAGUGGAACAAGGGGUUAUCCUGAGCGGUUUCAUGAACGGCUCCAUAAAGCUUUUUAGUAUCACUUCUGGCAAGAUCUUGGUGGACAUAGCUGCUCAUGGGGCGUGGAUCACUGGUAUGGACUUGGCCAGCCAAUCGGGGGUCUUCGUGUCUUGCGCCGAAGACGGAUUCAUACGAGUAUGGCAGCUUUCUACCACGGGCAAGAUAAUUGAACAUCGUCACUCCAAGCCGAUUCAAAACCUCGUGAUGGCGGGGGUGAAGUUUAUUGAUCCCAGGGGCGUUUCUCUUGCCAUGUCAUCGUACGAUUCCAGGAAAAUUAGAAUAUUCUCAAAAAAAUCGUGA